AUUGUUAUUUAAGGACAGUCUUCAACACAAUGACACAACAAGGAUGCUGGUAUCUAACUCCUGGCAGAGAGGAAAUGAACUCAAGAUGCAGAAUGAGAUUUUUGAAUGUGGCUAAUGUGAGAGUUUGUUUUGCCUGACUACUUAUAUUGGUUAAUAAGGGAUCCCCCCUCCAAAAAAAAAAAAAAAAAACUGGGGGAGAGAGGAGAUUAGAGAGAAAAUAGAUUUUUGUUCAUUGGAAAAAUAAAAUCUAAUUCAAUAAUUACAAAUGCAUGCUAAUUAAUACCAAGGCAGGCCCUCUCACCACCAUACCACACCCCUCUUAACCCAUUUUAGAUGCAUGAAAACAAUGGCUCAGAUAUGACAAGCAACUUGCCCAAAGACUCAUCUGCCUCUCAAAACAACCAGAUCUGGAGUUUGCAUUCCCCUCAGUACACAGCAUGGUGUCUUGCACAUUGGGAAAAUUUUACAUGUAUCUCACAGAUCUCAGAGAAUAAUCUGGACAUAGACUAGCUUGUAAAUGUUCUCAAUAACCCUAAAUUUCAGUCUUAAAUCAUGCAGUUUUCCCAGAAAAGAUCAGAUAUUUUUUGUAUUCUCUCUACAAUUAAUUUCUAUCUGGCUGAUAGAAUUGCCCAGUGGGAACUGCCAACAUCUUCUCUUCCAUUUCCUAAUACUUCCCCAGAUUUUUUUAGAAGUAUGUUUGGGAGAGCAGGUGGGAAUAAGAGAGGCAACAAAAAUAUCAAAACAGCAUCCUCUUGCCCCCUCCACAAGACUGUUUUAUCAUCCCCAGUAGAUAAUUUACUGUGUAUUUGAAUUAACCUGAAUUAGGCUUUAUGGUAACACUAGAGAACACUUAUGUAGGCAAAAAAAGUGCUGUAUUUAGAAUCGCAGGUCCUGAGUUUGAAUCUUGUCUCUUGUCUUUACUGCUUUGUGACCCUGAGCAAAAUCAAUUAACUCUCUGGGCCUCGGUUUCCUAUUGUGUUAGAAAUAAGGAGGUUAAGCUAGACUCUUUUUGGGUCGGUGCUACUCUAAAUCUAAGCGAUAAUCACACUAGCUCGGUGUUAUUAAAGCUUCAGAGUUUACAAGCAGGUGUAGAUCGUUUCAAACCAGGAAACGGAGCUGAAAUGAAUUGUUCACAGGUCUAGGAGACGCCACAGCAGGGAUUUGAAGUCGAAUCCUAUUCGUCGACGCUUCCCCCACGAGGGAAACUCCGUUAUCUAAGAUUUAUAAGUCCUCGAAGAAUUUUCCUUACAGAAUAUCACGAGCUAACUGCAACUUGAACAGAAUGCACGCGGGGGAGUUCUCCCGGGGAAGCCUUCCUACCCCGGGCGAUGCUCACGAUCCGGGGCUAAAUAAAAAAGAAAACAUAAAUCAAAAGGGCAAAACCUCUGCCCCCUGACUCGGAGCCCCCUACCCACCUGUUCAGUGGCGGGAGGGGCCUGCUCGGAAGAGGGUCCCAGGGGGCCUAUCCGAGCUGCCAGGGCGCAGAAGUUACUGGGAAGGGGGUCAAGGGGCGCCUCACUGGAGGGCGGCUGGCCGCCUGAGACCGCCAGGACGCUAGGACCGGACAGCCGGGGCUGGUGGCUCUGAGAGCCGCUGGGACCGGGAGAGGAGGGCGGCGGGAGGGGAGUGGGCGGGCAGCCCCUCCCUGGGAUGACGUUCCUCAGUCCUGGGGCUCCGCAGCCCGUCUAUCCGCUCUCUCCUACUUGUCCCUCCCCGCCGGGGCCCAAAGGACGCCGGCGCCUCCCGGAGUUUCCUGUCGCUCGGGUUCUCUCCAGCCCGCGGCCGGCCGGGCUGCAGGCGGGGGAAUUGGGGGGCAGGCUCCCUCCUCACUUAGAGCGAUGCCCGGCAGCAAAAGGGAGCCGGGUCGGAGUCCCGGGUAGCAGGAGAAGCGGGGAAGAGGAGAAGGAAAGAAGGGUCUGGAGAAGAGGAUCCGGGCGACUGGAGGAGCGAUGGACCUGGGGCCAGCGGACGCCUGGGACCCUUAUCGCCGCCCGGCGCGCCGGACGCAGUGGCUUGUGAGCGCCUUGGCCCAUCACUACCGUCUAGAUCGAGGCGUGGAAAACGAGAUCGUAGUGCUGGCCACCGGGCUGGACCAGUACCUACAGGAGGUCUUCCACCACCUAGACUGCAAGGGAGACGGUCGUCUACCCGGGGAGGACUUUCGCGUGCUGUGCAAGGUGCUGGGACUACGGCCUGGGGCCAGCCUAGACACCGAGAGGGGAUGCGGCGAGGAAGAGGAGGACGAGGAAGAACGCGCGGCGCUCUGGGACGACUUGGCUCCGGAGCUCACCUUCCGCCAAUUCCACGCCCGCCUCUGUGGCUACUUCAGCACCCGAGCUGGGGCACGGGAGGGUCCCGAGGGGAGCCGGCUGCCCGUGGGACCCGAGAGUGAGCAUAUCGAGACCCAGAUCCGGCUGCGCAGCCCCCUGCGCCGGCGCCGGGAGCGUCCCGGGGCGGCUGCUGGCCCGGCUGCGUCCGGACGCGCAAGGAGCUCCCCUCCAGCCGCUGCAGUCGCAGCCGCGGGCUCUGCGGGCUGUUCGCGGGAGUGCUACGAGGAGGUGGUGGCCCUGGAGCAGGCGGAGGACCGGGUUGCCAAGCUGGAGGAGGAGAACGCCAGCCUUCGGGAGUUGGUGGAGGACAUGAGAGCCGCCCUCCAGAGCAGCGACGCCCGCUGCCUGGCACUGCAGGUGGGACUCUGGAAGAGCCAUGCCAGUCACAAGCAGGACAGCGGCUGCUUUCCUGGGCCCAGGAUGCUGUCCACCCAUGGGACGCCCCCACCCACCAAAGGCCUCCAGAGUGUGCUAAAGGAAGUGGAGCUGAUUCGGGGCUCCAGGGACGGUCAGAUCGAAGAGGCGAUCCAGGCGAACCAGGAACUGGCCAAGGAGCUGAGGCAGUGCCAGGAGGCCCUGGCGGCCUCGGAGGACUGCAACCGCCACCUCAAGAAGGAGCAGGCGGACAUGAGGAAGAAGGUGGAGGAAGCCAGGCAGGCGGUGCUGAGUGGCCUGGGGAAGGUGAGGGAGCUGGAAGCCCAAGCCACCCAAGUCCUGCAUCUACAGAUGUGCGUCCAGCAGCUGGAGCUGGAGCUGCAGUGUUACAGGUCAGAGAUUAGGAAACUACCAACCCCACUAAAUGAUCAGAAAAUGUCACAAGAAGAUGGUGAAUCAGAAAGUAGAAGAGCCUUUUUUCCUGGGCAGCCAGAUGGAAUCUCUCCCUCUGAAGGAGCAGGAGCUACAGAAGAUGGUAUAGGCUGCAGAAAUGUUGACGAAGGAGAUGAGCAGUUAUUCCGCUCUGUGGAGGGCCAGGCAGCCUCUGAUGAAGAGGAGGAAACGUGGCCGGGGGAGCAGCAGACCCAGGCGGCCGAAGUGAGGAAGCUGCUGGCUCGCAUUUCGAGUUGUGGGAACGGAUGCGAUGAUAAAACAGCCAAGAAGCUCAUGUCUUACUUUGGCCACUUUGGCAGUGAUGAACAUACCAGUGCCCUAGGGGAGCUGGGAGAGCAGAUUGUCACCCUGACGGAGCAGCUGGGGAACAUGGGGCAAGAUGUGAAAGAGCCUGACAUGGGUGACCAGGAGGUGAAGGAGCCACUUUUCAGUGAAAUUCAGCAGAAAGCUGAGGAGAGUGAGCUUCUGAAGAUGGAGUUACAGAUGCUCGAGACAGAAAGAGUUCGGCUUUCUCUGGUGGAAGAAAAGCUGAUGGAUGUCCUCCAGCUUCUCCAGAGACUUCGGGAUUUGAACAUAUCCAAAAGAGUCUUGGGGAAAAUGUUGCUGAACACCUUGGAAUCUUGUCAGGACCCCCAACAUGAGAAGGCCCACACCUUCGAAGUCCUGGAUGCCUUGUACCGGACACUGGCUAGCUGUGAGCUCUUACAGAAACAACCUUUGGAGCAGGCCCAGGCGCCCCAAGCUCUUACCAACCAGCUCAUCAUCUCCUGUUGAGCAUCAGUGGUCUUACGGCUCCGCAGAGAAGUGCUGGAAACGGGGCUCUGGAUCUGGAUCUGGACCAUCAGACGAUUAAAAUACAAGUGGACCUCCCUAGUGGACCCACCAAGUAUAGCAGGGGAUCGUUUCCCUUGGGAUCUCUCCCUAGUGGGUCUCCCAUUGUGGAUAAGACAUUGGCUCCCUCCUCCCAGGGAGGUUUAACUAUGGAGGACAAGUUUGGGCUCAGAAAUGGCCUGAGAGGCUGAUGGUGUCCACAAGCCUCUGCGUCAACACCUGCAUCCGUGAUGGAGGCUGCCCUGCCUUGAAGAUUGCAUCUCCGCCUUUGAUGGAAUGGUGCAUUGGAUCUUCACACUGAUCACUCCUGAUGGGCCACAUCUAGCCUCCUAAUCUGUGCUGAUAAAUUUCAGGUUAAGCCUGUCAGAUUUUAUCUCAGAUUAAAGCAGUUAGCACUUCCCUCCUGCUACCCCACAAGCCCCUGGAGUGUGUGGUCUUUCUCCCACCAUAAAAUUCCCUCCCUUCCCAGUCUGGGAGCCAAGCCAGUGAAACCCAGUAAUCCUCCAGAUGUUACUGCAACCCAGAUGUGUGCCCAUCACUGCCCUAGGCACUGUGUAGAGAGGGGAGAAAAAAUUAAGAAUAAAAAGAAUAAAAACUUCUUGCCCACAAGAAGUUCACUUAGA